GAAUCGUAACGAGUGAAGUGGGCCGCCGUGAGAAUUGUUCGAUUCAUUGUUGGUUGGACGUGGCAGCCAUGACGUGAUUUUUGACUUUAACUUGGGGAACUUGAUUGAAAAAAUAUUAUAAAUUCGUUUAAAAAUUGCGUUUUUAAUCGCGUAAAUAACUAGUAAGGUGUGUGAUGAUACGUAAUAAUAGCUGCGAGUGGAAAUUCUGUGUUUACCGAUAGGUAGAGUGAUUAUUUGAAAAUUGUGAAAACUCGAGACAGCGAAAAAAGAAAAAUAAAAAGCUCCUGAAAUGCACAAACACCACCAGUAAUCAAAGAAUCCCCAGAAAUCAAUGAGAACAUCAAAGUCAAAAGCCUACAAUUACCUCCACAACCAGCCAAACAAAACAAUCACAGCAAUUGACUAACAGGAACGACGUGCAGUGAGUUCAUUAAGAGGCUGGCCAAAAAAGAGCGUAUAAGACAAAGAAGAGAUACGAGUCAUAGAGCGGGAAAAGAGUGCUAACUUGUGCAGGUCAUCAAACAUACAAAAUUAUGGUCAUCCCGUCAAGAGCCGAAUUGUAUGUUUCAGCCAAGUUCUUCACAACUUAACGCUAUACAUCUCACAUUGUCAUUAGCCAUUUAAUUUAUCAUUUAUCCUGAAUUGUUCGGCUUUUGCAGCUACACGGUCGUAACCUGGCGAAUUCUUAUUGAGUGAUACUACAAAAACAUCAGUGUCAGCGUCACCAAAGAAACUGUUUUUCGUCGAGCGGAUUUCGUUCAUACCUGGCUUACAACAAGAACAACAAGGCAAUUCAGCGACUUGUAGAGAUACAAAGUGUUUUUGGCAAUCGUCAAAGAUAAAUCUCAAUUGAAAUAUACGUAAACAAUACCGUAAUAAUUUUAUAAGCAGCAACAACGAAGCAGCAGUGAUUGAAAAGCACUCGCAAGAGCAGAGAGAAUAAGUUCCAGCGGUAAUUUGAAAUAAUUCGAAAAUAGUCAUAAUUGUGUAAAGCAAGAUAUACGCACGUGUGUGUAUGCACGACACACCCCUCGCCACUCCGCACAACUUAUAAUACAUUUUGGUUCGUCAUUCACUCGUUAGUACAUAAUUUACUCGUCGUUUUUCAACGAACGUGUUUGUUAACACAGCUGUGUCGCAGCAGGCUAAAAGCUAAUCGUGAGAGUGAGAGAGUGGGAUAAAGACUAAAAAAAACAAAUGAUUUUAUGAAUAUACUCGGUGUGUUAAAUAAUACUAUAUAAGAAAAAAACUGGUUUCUGUUACAAGAAAAAAAGAAAGCAACAAAUUCGCUUAACAACAACGAGUAGCACGAUUUAUGUCAGCCUACAUAUAGAAAAUUCUCUUCCAAAACGAUCCAUCAAUUACUUGGAAAGCAAGGCUACAAUUUUUUUUGUUGUAAGAUAGAUGCUGGAUUAAGGUGCAAAUAUUAGCGUGUUUUUUUACAAUCUUUACAAUCAAUAGAGAGAGGGUAAGUGUCUGCAAAAGAGGAGAUCGAAUAAGAAAGAGAAAGAGCUUGAUUUAAAGAGAAAUAAAUUCAGAGUAAAAGGUUGGAGAGUGAUAGCCUUUGUAAGGCAAUAAAGGCAAUAGUGUUGGUGAGAUAAGAGAGAGGGAGCACGAGAGAGUACAAAUUGCAAACUUGUUUCGUUCGACUUUGUGCUGAUAUGUCAAUAAAAAACAACAAUAACGUGAACGCGUAAGCAGUCAGGCAGCAACAAAAAGUGAUACAAAGCACGUACUAAACUGAAAUUAAAGUAGCAACACGAGCACAACAACAACGAAAAAGCAAGGCAAGCAAAGCACUAUCUACCCAAACAGCCAGCCAGUCAAGCAAGCGCUUGAAAACAACUUGUUUCGAUUUCAUUUCACAGAUACCUUUCGGACGUCGAUAAAGAAACCUUUAAUUUAAAAUGAACUUAAAUUAACAUAUACUAUGUAUAUAUGCUUGCACCACAUAAUCAAGUGGAGAGAGUGAUUGAAGUGUGUGAUCAGUAAAGUUAUUUAGUUUUUAGAAGCCAGAAACGCAUAGCAAAUUGUACAAAUCAUCGUCAUUAUACAUAUAUACAUGUAUAAAUAUAUAAUAUAUGUAAGUGCGUGAAGGAAAAGUGUGACGCCGAAACGUUGAUUGUGCGUUAAAGUUGAUCAAAAUUUUGCAAAGAAAAAAAAACAAGUUAAAAUAAGUUCGAAAUCAAAAACAAAAGCAGUAAAUUCAUGAAAAGUAUUUUGAAAGAAGGAAAAAAACCGAAAACCCCAUUGAAAAACCACAAAUCCCCAGAGCAACAAGAGAAAAACAACAACAAACAAAUUGAAAAAACGAGCAAAAAUUCCGCUCAUAUUAAAAUGAAACGUUGACAAAAACAACAGGAAAAAUAUAAGAAGCGUAAAACACUUGUUUUGUUGUAUUUUUUCUUUCAUUUUGACAUUCUACAAGUGUGUGCAUAUUGAAUUAAACAUAUAAAAAUCAUACACAGAUGAUUUUUAGUAUUAACAACAACAGCGUAUGAAAUUCAAAGACAACGUCGCUAGACAUGCCACUGUAUAUACGAGUGCAUACAUAGAAACCAAGCGAAAACUCUGAUACAACAGCAACAUUUACAUAUUGCUGUCUCGCUUUACCGCACCGAAUAUAGCCAUUGACAGAUGGAGAUACGAACAAAGUAUCUUGCAGGUACCACAACUGUUUGUACUUUCCUCAGCAUUAGGAGCAAAAACAUUAGCAACCGCAGUCAGUGCUACAGCUACUAUAGUAGUGGUCAUAACAGCAACAUCGACGGUAGUAAAUACCAACAGAAGCAAGAAUUCCCACUACAACAACAACGAAACCUGCAAUUAUAAUCACAAGAAAAACAAUAGCCAAUACCAUCACAAAAAUAAAAAAAUCACGCACAGUAAUAGCAGUCUCUGCAAAUACUAUGCCUACCUUAACCUAGUUAAUAUUAUUAAUUUUGAUAUUAAUUUGUGUGGAAAUCAUACCAAAAUUACCAGUAAAAAAAGUGUCAUUCUAAUUACAUAUAAAGCUGAUUUUACCGUGAAAAAGAGAACAUCAAAAAAUUAUCACGUCAAACGACGGUGAGCGACGGCCAACAAGGGCAAAACCAAUACACAAAUAGGCCACAUAAGUCAGUGACAGCUACUGCGAAAAACCCCCCCUAAUAAAGGCAGUAAACAGAUCAGCAGGCGCAUAGCACCAGCACUCGUGCUUGUGGCUGUGAAUUUCGUAUUGCACACCGCAUACGCACACAUUAACAAAUCGCGAUCCGCAGUAGAAUUAAUUGGAAAAAGAAAGAAAGAAGGCAAAUCUUUUCGUCGCAGUAUUGCUUACAGAAUCCAAAAACAUAAAAAAUAUACUAUAUAACGAAAAAAUCAAAAGCAUAAAACUGCAUAUGACCAAGUCUCGUCAGUCAUUACCAUACUUUUCGACAUAAUCGCUAACUAUAAUCAACGAAGAUCACGCGUAAUUAUCUUCAGUGGAUGCGGAAGAGAAUUAAAAGAAUACAAAAUCUAUUAAAAAUAUAGUCGAAAAAGUUACUAUCCAUCGCAAAAUCAAAAUUAAAAAAAAAGUAAAAGAGCACCAACAAAUCAACUAAACGUCGGAGUAUCUAAAACUUAAAAUAUCGGUAAUAUUGCCGAAAAAAAAAGUUACAGCUCAUGAAAAAACAAACAAGGUUUAUCAACUAAUUAAAACCAUUUCCACGAGAAUUGUUAUUCCUCUCAACAGAACUAAAGAAGACCACUCAAUAAGCAACAACUCAAUCAAAAUAAGCACAUCUCCAAAAGUCGAAAAGGAGAAUUGUAAUACUACCACGUCCUAAGCGUUAUAUUAAAACAAAAACUACUAUAGCGGCCAAUAACAACUCUUCCACGGUUCAUGCUUCCUAAUACUAAAAAAUAAAGCAAAUAAAGAAACGAUCAUAAAACUUCCACAGACGCCAACAAACACCAAUCCGGCACUACUUAGAUGCAUGUUUAAAUAUCGGAAAAAGUAAUAUUAUUCGCCAAGCGUUUUCCGAUAUCACAUAAAUCUUUUGUAGUUUGAGUUUCAAUUGAUUGUUGAACCAACCAACACCCAGCUCUCGCACAGUUUGUAAUACGUUAUGUCAAAUUCGAUCGCUACUGCAAAAUGCCCUUCUGCACUUACGUCCGGCAACUAUGGCAUGUCACAAAAUCGCUACACUGAUGAGUCAAAGGAAUAUAUUUUUGUCAAGCUCACCGAUUCCGCAUACCGCGCCAUCGAAGAAUAUCAAUUCAGCGAUAAUGACAAGCGUUUCACAAAUGGUCAAGGUCCCAAAAUUAAAGUCAAUGGCAACUCGGGUGUCAUCUUUUUUCCCACGUUGGAAGACCGUAAAUUUGGCUUUACUAUUGAUGAUGUUGAGGGCUCCCUUGAGUGUAUUCAACAGACCGCAGAAGGUCUGGAUGUGCUCGGCUCAAUACCCUAUCGCAUGCGCAUACAUGCCAACGAUGAUAUCUACGAUACGACCCGCACCAAAAUGGCAAUUGCCGAAGAGACGGAGAAGAGUAAAUGCAUACGCGAAAUCAAACCAAACCAAACCGAUAUUGGACGUAAGGUGAAGAAAUCUGUUCCUUCAUCGGCAGUCUAUCAGCAUUUGGGGCACAGUGGCACUAGCAACAACACUAACAGCAGUAGUAAUUAUUUAAAUAGCCUUAAUCGUAACAAAACAAUAUCGUCGCUAAACAAUAAUUCGCCGCCAGCCACACAACUUUCGUUAAAUAGUGGUAAUGAACGCAUACACAAUAAACUUGGCGGCACAUCUUCCUCGUCUUCACGCUCGCCAAAUCCCACGUUACUGGGCGGCUCGGGCACAGUUGCUGGUAGUAGUAAUAGCGGUAAUAACCGCUAUGGCAGCGGCAGUGCCAACAAUAUCUAUUCUCAAAGCAACGUAUCGCCGUCACUCACGUCUGCCUCAUCGCUCUCUUCCACCCUAGCGGGUGGUAUCACCAAUGGCUACGCGUCUGCUGCACAACAUAAUUCGCCUCCCGAAUCCACUACAUCUACAUUACCUAAUAAUUGCGUUGGAGGCGGUAAACAGUCAAGGCUGGGCAAUAAUGCUGCAAGCGGUAAUAGCAGUUUCUCACGUAGUGGAGGCAGUUCAUUUUCAAGCAACGGCUCGAAGGCGAGCAGCGGUGCCAAAGGUGGAGGUGCCUCAAAUGCUAAUAGUGGAGGCGGUAAGUUACCUGAUAUAUCGCGCCGUAAAAUACGCGAACGGCUGAUCCAUUUGCUUGCGCUGCGGCCUUUCAAAAAGCCUGAAUUAUAUUCACGUCUCCAAAACGAAGGAUUGCGGGAUCGGGAACGUUCACUAAUCAGCAAUAUACUUAAAGACAUUGCGACGUUGUCACGUGACAACACAUACAAUUUACGCCGUCAAAUGUGGAAUGACGUGAACGAGAAUUGGCCAUACUACACGGAGCAGGAGUUGCAGCAACUUAAGCGGCGCAAACCACAAAAUCUAACUCCACCCCUGAGCUCAGACGCGGGUAGUUCAACAUCGGGCCAAAGUCCCACAUCAAUACACACCGGUAGCCCGCCUCCAAUAGCUGGUGGCAGUGGCUUGAAUGGCGGUAAUGGUUUAAAACGCACUAGUCUGGAGUAUGACGAGCCAUUUGUAUGCACAGUCCAGCCGAAGAAGCAGCGUAUUAGUCAUUUUAAGAAGGACGCAAUAGCUGGUGCCAAUCCCGCAAAUUCGGGGAGCACAAAUAGUAGCGGUGUUGGUAAUGGAUCGCGGGGUGUUAGCUACGGCACCAAUAACAGUGGUGGCAGCACUAAUUACCCCAUGCACCGGAGCAAACAGACGGCAACAUCAUCAACCUAUUCCCCACAAGGUUCGCGUAACGCUGGUCAUGGCGAUGACAGUUCUGGUAAUACCGACCUCAGCUACAACGUACUCAACAAUAUGGAUGACUUUAUGUUGAAUAUUGAGCAGCAGCAAGGCGGUAGUUAUCUACCACAUAGCAGUAAUAGCGCACGCAAAUCAAGUAGCAGCGGUAAUAAUAAAGCGGCUGGCAGCAAUCCGAAAGAAAAUCGCCACUCUGGAAAUAGCAAUAGUUCGUCUAAUGUGAUGAACAUUUCACCCAAAAGCAGCAAUAACAUCGGCAACAAAAAUUAUAACGUACAAGAAAACGAAGGCAACAGUAGCAACUUAAAACAUACAAUGAAGCGAGGUGCGUUGGCAGGCUCGCCGAAAGGUUCGCUGCCAUACGGUGUUAAUUUUGUUCCAGAGUCUGGUAGUAGCAGCAGAUCAACAGGACGUGAUAGCAGUAGCACCCGCAAUGGUGGUGGGAACUACCAUCGUCAGUCGCCCAGCUACAUGCAACAGCAGCACCAAAAGUCAAGUGUCAUAUACUCGCCAAAAAUGCCCACAGCUGCAGCCAGCGGUACGAAUGAGCGUGAAGAACAUGUGCCAACGGGGAGGGGUGGCAGCACCAACAGCAGCAGCAGCAACAACAAAAGCCAAGCACCAUCUCGUUUAGCAGCAUCAGCGACGACAACGGGAAGUAAACAGCAGCCACGCGCUAGUGGUGUACGCAGCCCUACACCACAAGAACAAGAACAACAACGGCACCUGCAACAGGUAUCACAUUACCAAUCGCAACAAACGCAUUCCGCCAGCACACACUCCCCAGUGCAACGGCAUUACAACCCUCCCCAGCAUCCUUAUCAGCAGCUAGAACAACAGCAGCCACAGCUCCAAAGUACAUCGCAGCUGCCGCCAACGCAGCAUUCCGCCAUCACUGAUGCACCCAAUGCGGACGCCGCUGAAAGACCAACUUAUGACUUUAGCAUGUAUACGGCUAUCAAAAGCAUCGAACAGCGACGCCAAUACAAGACUGAAUUUGAACGGGACUUCGAUGAGUACAACAAACUGCUGGAGCGCCUUGAAGAUGUGCGCCGCAACUUCCACGUACUUGCUGAACAAUUGCGACGCGUGCCGCAAGGCUGCUCCGACUAUGAGCAUAUUCAGCAGCAAAUUGUAGCUGAAUAUGAGCGAAUUGAGAAUGAGGAGGAGCUGAAACGCGACAAGCAACGCUUCUAUUACUUGCAUGCCAAACUGGCGCACAUCAAGCAGCUUGUAACCGAUUACGAUCAUACGUUGAGGUCAAUGGUGGCGGCAGCAGCAGCGGCGGCGGAGGCAGCUCAACAACAUGCCUCCACAACGGCCGCUAUGCAUAUGACAGCGAAUGUGACAUCGCACCUGGUGGAUGGCAGCAACAAUGUGUUGGCCGCUGCGGCUGCGCAUAACGCACGUGUUUCGCCAAUGGUUAGUGGUAGCGAAAGCAACCAUUCACCACCAAGUGGAUAUCAGCACCAAACGCAAUACUACGCGCAGCAGAAUGAACCAGGUCUUUUUCCACAAUAUCAACAGCAUCAACAACAGCAGGAUGAAAUAUUACAUAGAAAGAAGAAGCAUACACAUAAUAACGUACAACAGCAAAACCAACAACAGCAAUAUUUGUCGCCUCACAAUCAGGCACAUACUUCGCCUGCUGGUGGACAAUACAGCGCACAACAGCAACAGGUUCAAGAACAAUUCAAUGGUCACCAUCAUUAUAUGCCAGCGCACGCGGACGUAGGUGAUGAAAAGAUCGUGAGGAGAACGCAAGAACACCGCAACAGUAACAAUGAUAUAAAUUCUUGUGAUUCAUCGGACUCCAACAAUGAAGAUUCUAACGACGCUGAUUUGAACGAUAACGACGUUGAUGUUGGUUCCGAUUCAAGCUCGAACGAUGAAAAUGAUGACCGCUAUUGAUUUUGUGCAUGCUGUAAUGCAACUUCAUUACUGUAAAAAUGGCAUAAGAAACUGAGAAUCCUGAAUUAAUAUGCAACCGGGACGUAUUUAUGAAAUUGCUGAUUAACGUUAAAAUUUCUAUUGUUUCACAUUUGAACAAGCUUGUUAAUGGAUUUUGUAAGUUGUUUUUUAGGCGCUGAUAUGCAAUCAUAAGGAGCGAUCGCACCGACUCAAUAAAAGCAAAAUAACCUAAAGUUGAGUGUACACUCGUACUACAUAGUUUGCUCUUCUAAAUAAAAUUUUUAAAGUAUCAAGUCGCGGUUUACCAGCUAUUUGAAAUACGUCCUGAGUGCAAAAUUUAAUUAGAGUUAGGAAUUUUGUAUUACAAGAAAGGAGUAGGAAAUGAAUACGAAUGUUAAAGUGAAUUGGAAAUGCAAAGAAAAUCCCCGAUUUCCACGAUUUUAUUAUUAAAAAGAAAACCACAUAUGUAUACCUUAUGUAAACAUACAUACAUUUAAAUAUAACACUGAUAUAUAUAUUAUACAUAUAUAUUUUUAAAACAAUUUAAACAAAAAAAGCAAAAAACACUAGAGCAAGCAGAAAUUUUAAGGGAAUAAUUAAUUGUGUAAUAAUUAGGAUUAAGCGGCGACUGCCUAUAUUUGUUUUAAUUUUAUGCUUUUUUGCCGUCUUACUACGUGUACAGUGCAUACAUAAUUUGGAAAUAUUUUUUUUUUUUUUGAAAACACUAUUGCAAUGCAACCGUUUAUGUGAGAGUAAACACAUACAAUAAUUAAAUGAUUUACAAGAAGUGGUUGAAUUUGAAUUAAAAAUAAAUCUUAAAGAAAUUUUUAGUUAAAUUUGGUAUAAAAUAGUUUUUUUAUUUGUACGAUUUGUUUACAAGAAGAGGGAGGGAGAAAGUGUGAAAUGCGAAGACUAAAUAUAAAUUAUCUGUGCGUCUACAAGUUUUUUCUUUGGAGUAUUUCUCGGUUGCAGGUGCAGGUUGCAACAAUUAUAACUAAACUUAAAUGCGUGUAUUCAAAAGGAAAUUCUUUAGAUCAUACAUACCUACACAUGUACAUACUAUACAUUUGAAGAAAUUCAGAAAUUGUAACAAAAGUGCACAGGUUACAAAAAGUAAUAAUAAUAUGAGCUCAAUUAAUCCUACGUACUUUGCUUGCAAAAACGCAUAAAGUGUAAAAACUAAGUAAAUUUUGUAAUAAACACGUUCACACACACUCAUAUACGUACGUACUACAUACUACUCACAAAAAUGAUUGCUUGCAUGAAGGACCGAAGUUUCAGAGUUACCGACUUUCUAGUAUAUUAUUUCUGCAUUCUCUUUAUUAGAUGCACUUUGCCUUAUUUUUUCGUGUUAUUAAUUUUGCUAUAAUUUUUAAAUAGGUGCAUAAUAAAAUGCGAAUUGUGCAAUUUUUCAGAAGUUUGUGAAAGUAAACUUGUUUAAUUUGUUGUUUUUUUGAAGCAUACUCAAUUAUCUAGUUGUCGAUAUAUAAUACAUACAUACAUACAUACAUAUGUAUGUAUAUACUAUAUAAUGAACAUGUAACCAAAUGAUGCCAAAUUGCAAGACUCCAAAUUAUUUUCAAAACUUACCAAUUUCAAAGGGUUGAAUCUGAGUUGCAAAUAAUGCAAGUAAAAUUUAAAAUCUGGCGUAGAUCAAUAGGGAAUGCUUUUGAAAAAUGCCAAUACUGUCAUUAAAAAUGCCACAUCCCGCGAUAAAAUGGUGACCAAUUUUUCUUAUUCUUUUAAUGUGCAUUAUUUUUGUAUAAAAGUGUAGUGCAUUGUCUAAUGAAAAGCAUAUAAAUCCAAUUUUCAAAUUGUGUGGAAAAGUCAGAAAAUUUCCACGAACUACGAGAUUUUUUUAAUAGAGAAAAUUGCAAGAAAAAAAAGUAUAAAAAGCAACGGUAUUUUUCAGAAGCUUCAAAUUUGCUUACACCUUAAACUAAAAUUUAAUAAGCUGUAAAAUGUAAUAAACUGCAUACCAAAAGUCGUUCUAUAAAU